UCAGCCCGGCUUCGGUAGGCUGUGGGGCGGCCACGGUAGGGAGGGCGGCAGUCCUGGUAAACCAGAGCGUCAAAUCCCCGGGCUUCGGGACGCUGAAGGGCGCCGGAGCGGAGGCCGGCCUUAGGCAUAGCCGACCAAGGCUGCCUGCUCCUUUGCAAAGACCGUUUUCCUAGGUCCGAGAGACCGUUUAGGAAGUGGGUGGUGGUGGGGGUUUGGUCAACGUCGGGAGGCUUUCGAACCACCGCGUUAAGAAAGAAAAAAAUCACCUGUGUUUCGAGUAGCACAUCAGACGUGGAGGGAGCGACGAUAAUCUCUCGCUUUUGGCACAAUGGGCUGUACGCUGAGCGCCGAGGACAAGGCGGCGGUGGAAAGGAGUAAGAUGAUCGACCGGAACCUCCGCGAGGAUGGCGAGAAGGCGGCGCGAGAGGUCAAGCUGCUGCUGCUCGGCGCUGGUGAAUCUGGAAAAAGUACAAUCGUAAAGCAAAUGAAAAUUAUCCAUGAAGCUGGUUAUUCGGAAGAGGAAUGCAAACAGUAUAAAGCAGUGGUCUACAGUAAUACCAUCCAGUCAAUUAUUGCCAUCAUUAGGGCAAUGGGGAGGUUGAAGAUAGACUUUGGUGACUCAGCUCGAGCGGAUGAUGCCCGCCAACUCUUUGUGCUUGCUGGAGCUGCUGAAGAGGGUUUUAUGACUGCAGAACUUGCUGGAGUUAUAAAGCGAUUGUGGAAAGAUAGUGGUGUACAAGCCUGUUUCAACAGAUCCCGAGAGUACCAGCUUAAUGAUUCUGCAGCAUACUAUUUGAAUGACUUGGACAGAAUAGCACAACCAAAUUAUAUCCCAACUCAACAAGAUGUUCUCAGAACUAGAGUGAAAACUACAGGAAUUGUUGAAACCCAUUUUACUUUCAAAGAUCUUCAUUUUAAAAUGUUUGAUGUGGGAGGACAGAGAUCUGAGCGGAAGAAGUGGAUUCAUUGCUUUGAAGGAGUGACUGCAAUCAUCUUCUGCGUAGCACUCAGUGACUAUGACCUGGUUCUAGCUGAAGAUGAAGAAAUGAAUCGAAUGCAUGAAAGCAUGAAGUUGUUUGACAGCAUAUGUAACAACAAAUGGUUUACAGAUACAUCUAUUAUACUUUUUCUAAACAAGAAGGAUCUCUUUGAAGAGAAAAUUAAAAAGAGCCCUCUCACUAUAUGCUAUCCAGAAUAUGCAGGAUCAAACACAUAUGAAGAGGCAGCUGCCUAUAUUCAAUGUCAGUUUGAAGACCUCAAUAAAAGAAAGGACACAAAGGAAAUAUACACCCACUUCACAUGUGCCACAGAUACUAAGAAUGUGCAGUUUGUUUUUGAUGCCGUAACAGAUGUCAUCAUAAAAAAUAAUCUAAAAGAUUGUGGCCUCUUCUAAGUUUUGCAGUUAAUGUAAAAUUCAUUUUUCAAACCAAAUGAGUACUUAAUAUAUGUGGAUCUCUCUAAGACUAGAGUCUUGCAGCAACACAGAAUGUAGUGUACAGGAAAUGCAUCUGGGGCUGGACCAAAGUUGUUCUGUUUUUGUUUUUUUUUUAUUUUUUUUUUAGCUGAAAGUAGCAGAAGGACAUUUCUUAAAUAUGAAAGAUGGUCCUGCUGUGUGGAAACUGUGUGUUAAAGCUGGGCUCUAGUGUAUUGAUGAUUUCUGCAUAAGUGUAAAUAUGCAAAUGUAUGCAUACGUGUAUUUAUAAGUUUAAUUUUUCACAUUAAUUUUAUGUUCUGAGUGACAACUUAAGAUUCUAGUGUGAUGGAAAUAACAGAAAAACAAAUAACAAGUACAUGUACUAAAUGACAGACUAUUACCAUGUUUGCCAGUUUUAAAAGCUUUAUUUAUGUUCAUGGUCCUGUAAAUUUUUAAGUACAGUAAUUGAUAUUAGGAAACACUGAAAACUUUAUCUUGAUCAUAUGUAUACUUGUAUUCAUACAAAUGUUAUUUGUACAAACAUUGCACAGACUAUUUUAAUAACAUGAUUUGUUCUUUAAAUUUGUUGUGUUUUAUUGAAAUGUUCUUAAAGCAGAUGAAUAUAUUUACCUUUGGAUCAAUUAUUUAAACAUCAUACACAUUUUAAUUUUUAUUUUAAGAGUGCAUGUUGCUUUAAUUCUACAUUAGAUUUGGUUUUCAAAACUAAAAUUUCAGAUUUUUGAGGAUAUCCUAUCUUAUAAUUAUUAUAUACUCUCAAUUUUUAUUCAGUUGGUUUCUUUUCACUUUGAAUUUUAGUAUUUGGAUGGUAUUCAUGCAUUGCCUUAAAGGUGAUGCCCAGAUUAAUUUUUAUACACUUUAAAUAACUAAUUUUUAUUUAUAACUAAGUUCAGGUGGGUGUUGAGAGCAUUUUUGUGGUCCAAAAAAUGUCAGCAUAAUGAAUUUUGAGACAUUCAUUUGUGUAUUUCCUUUGGGAAAUCCCUUGUACCUAGCAUACAUGAUAGAUCCUUGUUUGGAAGGUAGCAAGAAAGAGCUUUGAGUAAUCUACUACUGAUAUAAUGCAAGCUUUAAAUUCAUAUACGUAACUAGUUUCAAAUUUAAUUAUCACAUGUGAAAAAUACUUUUUCCUCUUAGAGAGAUUAUUCAAAUUUCCUCCAUGUGCUUGAGUCUGUAUUAUUUCUUUCAAAAAUGUGCUUUUAUUUCUGAGGAAUGAUAUGGGCAAUUAUACUUAGAAAAUGAAUAAUAGUAUUUAAUAAAGUCAGUGAGUGUAUUAAUAUAAAUAUUAUAUAUGAGCUAGAUGUAGAACUUUGAUAGAAUUAUUUUUUUGUUUCAUUAUUCAUGAUGUAUCUCUGUGCCCUUGUUUCAGCAAAAUGAACAGCAUUCCCCACCUAUCCUCUUUUUUUUUUGUUUUAAACACAUCUUAAGAAAGUUAGUCUUUUAGUAAUUGCUGGUAAGUAGUUUAUAAAUUUAAUUAUGUGCAGUCAUUUUGUAUCUGUUGAUGUAUAUGUAUAUGCGUGUGUAUGGAUAAACAUUACUACAGUUAUAUCUGUUUCAUUGGGAGACUGUUUUUUUCCUUCUCUGUAAUGCAAAGAAAUUCACAGUUAUCAAAAUUCCUUAAAUGUGUUAGUUGUAAUUGUUUAUGUGCCUUUCAUGAAAGAUAUGUUUUCCUUAAUUUUACCAAUGGAAGACCUGUAAUAGUCACAUUGUGAAGCUCUGUAUGAAAUUCAACAAUAUUAUGAAUAAAUUUGAAACAUGAGAAACAUGGUUAAAGAGCCACAAGGGAGCACAUAUUGGUGAGCAUCACUGAUGAAUUUCUGAACCUUAUUCUGUGUUAUUGUGUUACUAAUAAAUCCUAAUAAAUUUAAAUUUUUAAAAUUUUACAAACCUAUUGGCUAAACGUGUUGCAUUAGAAUUUAAGUGUGACUCUGUUGUAUGUCCAUUUAUUUCUUUCUCUACACUUUCUCUUUUUGCAGUUGCAUCCACUCCAGAAGCUUGAGUUUCCCCAACCCAAGUUUUCUCAUGAGAUAUGUAGUCACAUUUGGAAUUGCCUACUUCACAUCCCCUUCUGAAAAUUCAUUGCCUGCUCCAACUCAGUAUGUUUUCUUCUAAGAGUUUCAUGGUUUUAGCCCUUAUAUUUAGUUCAUUGGUCAAUUCAUUUUUUUGCAUAUGGUAUGAAGUAAGAGUCCAAAUUCAUUCUUUUGCUUGUGGAUAUCCAGUUGUCCCUGCACCAUUGUUGAAGAGACUAGUCUUUCUCCUUUCAGUGGCCUUUACAUCCUUAUGAAAAAUUAAUUGGCUAUAGAGAUGUAGUUUUAUACAUUUCCAUAUCUUUUAUUGCUUUAGAACCACCCAUGAUGCCUUGUUCUGAUGAAUUUAAUUAAUAAUAUAAUCAGUAUUAAAGUUGUUAGCAUUGCCAAUAUUUUAGAGAGACAAUAGAAAGUGGUGGUGAAGAGCCCAGGCUCUGGUGCCCAGUUUGGGUUCAAAUCCUGGCUCUGUCUUAUUUACUAGGUAACCUUUGGCAAGUUAUUUAAUCUUUCUCUGACUCCCUUCAAUCAUCUGAAAAAUGGGAUUCAAAAAUCAGACCAUUUACCUAACAGUUUCUGUCAGUACUACAUAAAUUCAUAAUACAUAUUAAGUACUGUACUUAGAAGUGUGUCUUCUUGUGCUAAGCCCUCAAUAAGCAUUGCUGUUAUUAUUUGGUUAUAAAGACUAUUUAAUUUUAGAGUGUUAUAAAGAAUUUUUAAUUUUAGGGUGUCUUUAAAAUUAUCUUUAUUGCUUAACAAAUAAUUGUAGAUAAGAGCUUUGGGUGAAAUGCCUCAGAAACAAUAUUAACUACCGUAAUCCACCUUUAGAGUUAGAACUUCAGUGUCUAACAUUGAUAUUGAUAGUGAUAUUGGAAAGCUUAAUGAGUAAAAAAAUACAUGACUUUAAUCAACUUCAAGGCACUUCUAUGUAUUUUAAUGUUAACAAGAAUGUUGGAGAUUUAUGCUAUUUCAAGUUAGUUUGGGAAAUUUUCUCGUGGUUUCUUUUUAAAACCCUAUUUUUAACGGCUAAAAUGCAUUUACAUCAAGAGUUUUAUAUUUCACAACUCCCACUGGCCUGUUUCCCAGGCAUUUACCCUUAACCAAAAACUGCUUGUUGGUACCUGUUGUGUUUCCUAGUAUUUAUUUGGAUUUUUGAGUUACUUUAAAAGUUAUGAAAUGUAUUUCACCAAAUCCAGAAACACACCCCAAAUAUGCACAGGCAGGAAUCUGUUGGAUUUGUUCACAGCAUAGCUGUCCCUGAAGUGGGACAGCCCCAACAUGUAAUGUAACAUCCUGAGCAUCAUUAUGAAGUCAAAUAUUUCCAAUUCCUUAGAUUUACUGCUGUUUCCCUGGUCUCCAUACCGAGAAAACGGAUGGAAAGCCUACCAUUGCAAAGAUAGCUCUUCAAAUUAAGAAUGCACUGUAAUCAAUUAAAAAUGAGACACUAGGUAUCAAGGAAAGCAUGCGUAGAAGAACAAUGAAGGCAGGGAUUUUAUCUACUAUUUUAACAGGUGAUAGAAUGCUACUUUUAGUAAAUGAAGCUGAUCUAAGUGCCUUGCCUGAAAAAAGUACAUGGAGUAGGACAGUUCACAGCCUAAGACUCCAGCCAAAGAAAUUUCUAUUUCCAGCAGCAGUAUCUAUGAAUGGAUUCUUAAAAUUAAUUUUAUUCCUGAGGAAACACGGGGUAUAUAUAUAUGUAUUCUCUGUCUUACCAGUAUUUUCUUUUCUUGAUGAAUUAGUUCUACUGUUUCACCAUUAAUUUUUGCUAACUUGACAAAUGUUUGUGUAAUUUCAGUGUAUGCUUAAUUUUCAAAAUAAACCACUGUGAAAAUUGGAUAUUCUGGACCACAGCUCUGUUAUCUGGAAUUUUCUCUAAUGCACUCUUGAAUUUUAAUUACUUUCUGUGAAAACUUCACAGUAAUUUCAGCUUUGAUCUUUUCCUCACUUUCAGGUAUCAAAAUGGAGUGAGGGCAAAGCUACUUCCAGACAACUCUGUCUUUAAUUGUUGUUAAUCUAAAUUAUACUGAAUUGUCAACUCUAGUUUGUGGAAUUUAAAAUAUCCUAGCAUCAAACUGACUAAUCCAAUUUGCACAGGACUCAAUUAUUGAAUAGAAGCACACCACUAUAGAGCAACAUUUUUUAACUUUAUUUAUAAACAUGAGUAAUAACUUUUCAACAUAAGUGGCCAGUUCUCCUAGCAACCUACUCUACAAGGCAAUUACCCUUAAAAAAAAAAAAAAUAGAACUUUCUUUCAGAUGGGGGCAUACAUUUUAUCUGAUUCUUAGCUGUGGGUUUUUUUCCUUCAAAAGAAGUUUAAAGUCUAAUAAUUAAGUGUUCUGGCUGAAGCUGGAGUGGAAAGCUUGGAACCAGUAUAAAGUGCCCCCUCCUCACUGAGAUCCCACCACAGUUCUGAAACACCUAAGGCUUCUAGGUGCAGAUUUGAAACAGUGUAGUCCUAAAUUGAGUCCCUUGGAAAAUGUUGCUAAUGUAGCAGAGUUCAUUCAAAACCAUAAACUCAUAUAUAGAUUCAAAUAUAUCACAGAUAGUAUUCUGUCCCUUCCAAUAUCAUAAAUACAUACAGAAAUUCAUACAUAGAAUAAUUAAUAUGCUGGUUUGAAUGUAUUAUGUCCCCCAGAAAAAGCCAUAUUCUUUGAUGCAAUCUUGUGGGGCAGACAUAUUAGUGGGGAUUAAGUGGGAACAUUUGGAUUAGGUUGUUUGCAUGGAAA